CCAGCUGUGGCAUCUGUCAAGGUCAGAUAGCGACUCCGGAACCAGCCGGCUCGGCCCCAUGCCCCCUCUCGCCUCAUUAUUUUUGUGUUCCGGGGCUGCGGCGACACCUCCCUCCUUCCUCCUCAGCCUCCUGCCUCUUGCCUGCUUCCCCCACGCCUCUGCAGGGAGUGCCUGCGGUCUGGGGGCUUUUGUUUUCCAGUUUUUUCCAUGCUCAGGCCAGGCGGGGCGGGUAGACGCUGGUCAGAGCUGUUCCGUCUUGAACAGCACACAGGCAAGGAAGGUGCCUCCCUCGUGGCUGGGACGGGCUUUCGGCUACUGGAACCCUGGCUUGGUUUCUCAGGGGGACAAACUGAACGUGGGUGGAGCCCAGCCCCCACCACAGCCCAGGCACACCUGUGGGCAGCUUCCUGUUUCCCUAGGGGCCCCAGCACCUGGCAUCAGUUCCUGUCUGCACCGUCCCCAUCCCGGCUGGGCCCCACACUCACACCUCAGAACCCCCCGAAGCCCUGAUACAACUCACAGUGUGUGUGCAUGUGCGUGCACGCGCACACACACACACACACACACACACACACCCUCGUAUACACAUGGCAACAAUGUGUUGACGCUCACGGACCAGAAGAACCCACAGACAUCCAGCCAUCGUGUAAACCACUGUAGCGCGCACACAUGCGCACUCAGGCGUAUGCUUACAUCCGGGGAUGUAGAUAGCACACACUCCACGUGUACACACAAGGGGGUCACACAAAGACCUUCACCGACACUGGCAUAUAAGCCCUGUGUAGACAUCAGUGUGCAAACCCACAGGGUGCCAUCUGAGUCUGUGCACAUACACUUGGGCACACGCACAGCCCCCACCCCCAGACACACACACACGCACACACACUCAUGCGUGUAGCAUGUACAGUAUCUGACGCACCUUCUAGGUGGACACACGCAGUCCUACCGGUCUGUGGUGCUACUCUUCACGAUACGCGCUCCAGCCAGAGCUCACUCCCUGGGGCCCAGUGUUCCUUGAGCACAUUUAUACCACCCAAGAGGCUUUUGUCCCUGACAUGCUGAAGUAAGCCUGAGGCCUCUCCCUCGAUGUGCUCUCUGUGUCCAGGGAGCCCCUGGAGAGUGGGAAAUGGUGGUUGGCAGACAGACUGCCCUACCAUCCUGGCCAGCCUCUCCAGGUACACCAACCUGGGCCCAGUCACCAAGAUGGAGUGAGAUGGGGGGUUCCAGGUACAUCAGGUGGACACGUGGCUUCUGGCAGAGAGGCCGGCUCAGGGGGAUGGCCUCUCGGGUUCUCCCUGGGUCCCUGCCCGCCGCCAGCCCCCAAUUAAGGUGUGUAAGUGUUGGGGGUAUGAGACGUGGGCAGACUCCGGGCCCCCCAGAGUCUCUGGGGUAGCCCUGGGCAUCCACUCACUUCCUCCACCAGCUGUGGACCACUGUGGCCACCCUUGAGAGGGGGAGGUAGCUGGAGGUUUAGCAGUGACAGGGCCCCCACCCCCCCAGGAAACUCAAAACCCUGGGCCAGCCGCGGGUGGCGGGUUGGGGCAGGCACAAAGAGGGCCUCUGUGCGGCCCGGCUGGGCUGCCCACAGGAUUCUGGGGGAGGAGGCAGGAGCCGGUUUCCGUCCCAUUCUGCUUCCUGCGGAGGCCGCCGGAAUGCCCGGAGCUCUGGCCCAGCCUGGCCCGUCCGGCCCACCCGCAGCCCCUUCCCCUGUCUUUUCCUGGGCCUUAGGGUACAGCUGCAGACUUCUGCAGCAGUGCCUUCACGUGUUUUGCCCAGAGCCUGAGAGCCACUCCCCCUCACCCCAGAACCCCUAGGCUGGGCUGAACUGGUCCUCAGCCUCCCGCCAUAAGCCCUCCUUCCAUGUCCCUCAGAGCCCUUGGCCAGUGUGGGAGAGCCAGGCCUUGGAGUCACACAGACCUGGUUUCAAAUCCUCGCUUUGCUGCUUAUUGACCUUGUGACCUUAUGCAGGUGACUUUACUUCCCUGAGUCUCAGUGGCCUCAUCUGUAAAUGGGUGACAAUAUGAGUUAAAGAGUUACAGAAAAAAUUCAGUGAGAAAAUGUGUGUAAAGUGCUUAGCACCAUACCGGUAGAGUGAGUGUGUGUUAUGAGGGUCUGCUAUCAUCAUUUCUUCUGGGGAGAUGGUAGCAUUGGGAAGGAGCUAGAUGCUCCUCUCCCCAAUAAGCCUGACAGGGUCUCAACCCUAGGACCUGUUCAGAACCUUCUCUCCAGACUUCAGUUUCCCUGUCUGCAGAUCACUUCAUGGGCAGUUUCAGGUCCUCUGGGAUUUGGAGGGUGGGAGGGGUCACUAUCUGGAGUCUUUUUUUCCUGUGUGUCUCUACUUUUUUCCUCAUGGACCCCCUCGGGGAUCUACAGUUCGGGGUAAGAAGUAAGAACCAUUCUCCAUUUUAUAGAUGGGAAACUGAGACUCAUUGUAGGGGAAAGGCACAGUCAAAUCAACAGGAAGAGAUAGGAUGGAGCCACAAACCUAGACGUUAGGAUUCUAGUCCCCUGGAUGGUCCUGUUAACACCCUUGCUCCUCACACGCAAGCGCUAAGAGGACAGAUCCCCCUCUAGUUCCUUGGCCCAGUUAUCUCUGAGCUAACCUUCCUGCACUGUCCACCGGGAAGGAGGUCCUAAGUCAGUGUGUGGCUCUGACCCCAGGUUGAUGUCAGCUCAGACAUUACUUUGGGAAAUGUUAGUCUAGAUCCAGAGGGUCCGCAGUAGAGCGGGCAUCCGUUUUCCCUGCAUCUCAACUGCUUAUCGAAUUGCUUGCUCUAAAUGGGCCAAUAAUCAUCUUCCUUCAGAAGGUGUGUAGGAAGACUCAUUGAGACAAAGCAUAUAGCGUCUGGCACACAGGAAGUCCUCCUUAACAUAGUAACUCUUAUCCUCCUGGUUCCAUGUUACAGAUAGAGAAAUAGACUCAGAGGCCAUAUGCCAAGGUCACACAGAGGAAAGGACCCUCCUGAUCCUUUGACUCUCGUAGGGAGGGAACCUGGCCUGAAGGAGGUGCCUGGUGAGGAAGCCUUGGUCUUUAUCAGAGGUGUCUGAGAUCACUCCCUAGAACCCCAGGUCAGGGCAUACCUCCUGCCUGGGCCCUCAGUGUUCCUUUACAUGGAAUGGGCUGACCCCCUCCUCCAACUGUUUUUUGGGAGCUCUGUAAGGGAGAAUAGAGCCCCAUGGACUCCUAGGGUUUUCUUCAGCAUAUUUCAUUCUUCAGGCAACGGGGUUGUGCCUGCCUUAGGUGGAGGGGUCUAAGAGGGUCAGGGAAAUAGGACUCCAGCCCCCUGUUCUGUCUUGGGGAGAGUCUAGUGGUGCUGAGGGCAUGCCCUGCCCCAGGCCAUCUGCUGGGUGUCAGCAGGGGUGUGUGCUUUUGUGUGUGUGCUCGUCUGUAGCUGGGUAUGUGCCCUGUGCUCUCGGGUGAGGACUGCCUUUCUCCCAGCUUCCAAGACCAGUGUCUCCGUGUGCAUUGCCUUGGGCCUGAGUGGAGCUUUUUUUUCUUCUGGAAACUCCCUAGGCUGAAUCAUGGAAAUCAGAGACGACGCCCCCACCCCCUGCCCCCCCGCUUGCUCAGCCUCAGCUCCGCUCAGCCACCAGAGCCUGUGGUCUGUUCUCUUCGCCACCACUGGCUUGCCCACCAUCCGUCUGUCUGUCCAUCUCACCUCCCUUGGAGGCCAGGAAGACCAGCCACCAACGUGGGUGGAGGGGCGUGAAGAGGAUGUAACAGGGAUGUCAGGAGCGCACAGGGGAGUGUGGGGAAGAGUGUGAAGAGCUGGAGUGUGCAAGUCGGCAGUGUUGGCCCGCCCAGACGAUGGCGGAAUGGUGUGCCCUGCUGGGCCAGUGGCUCGGGCUCCUCAAGGCCCCGCCAGAAUGCACCCUCCUCCAGGAAGCCUUCCCUCAAGCAGGAAGGACGGCUGGAAGUUUGUUCUAGCCAGCAAAGGAGCAAGAGAGGGAUGGCGCCUUGCUCAGACUCUGGCCUUGGCGGUGGUGGUGUGGCACGACUCUAGUGAAGACCCUUCCCGUGCACACCUGACCAUGAGCCUGCCCUGAGCAGCAGGGCCCACCAGGCAUCUGUGCUGUGGGCAGCCGGGCCGGUGCUCGUCUGUGGACGCCCCGCGGUUGGCAGCCCCCCCCCCCGCCCCCAGCAGUGGGCUCUGGGCCUCGGCCCCACCAUGUCGAGCCUCGGCAGUAGCCCCCAGGACAGCGGUGGCAGUAGCAGCAGCAACAGCGGCGGCGGCCCCAAGGCGGGAGUGGCCGACAAGAGCGCGGCGGUGGCCACGGCCGCGCCAGCCGCGGUGGCGGAUGAUGCUCCGCCCCCCGAGCGUCGGAACAAGAGCGGCAUCAUCAGCGAACCCCUCAACAAGAGCCUGCGCCGCUCCCGCCCUCUCUCCCACUACUCUUCCUUCGGGGGCGGCGGCGGGGGCGGCGGCAGCAUGAUGGGCGGCGAGUCUGCUGAAAAGGCUGCCGCCGCCGCAGCUGCCGCCUCCCUGUUGGCCAACGGGCACGACCUGGCGGCGGCCAUGGCCGUGGACAAAAGCAACCCUACCUCAAAGCACAAAAGUGGUGCUGUGGCCAGCCUGCUGAGCAAGGCGGAGCGGGCCACGGAGCUGGCAGCCGAGGGACAGCUGACGCUGCAGCAGUUCGCGCAGUCCACGGAGAUGCUGAAGCGCGUGGUGCAGGAGCACCUGCCGCUGAUGAGCGAGGCGGGCGCCGGCCUGCCCGACAUGGAGGCCGUGGCGGGCGCCGAGGCCCUCAACGGCCAGUCCGACUUCCCCUACCUGGGCGCCUUCCCCAUCAACCCGGGCCUCUUCAUCAUGACCCCGGCGGGCGUGUUCCUGGCCGAGAGCGCGCUGCACAUGGCCGGCCUGGCCGAGUACCCCAUGCAGGGAGAGCUGGCCUCGGCCAUCAGCUCGGGCAAGAAGAAGCGGAAACGCUGCGGCAUGUGCGCGCCCUGCCGGCGGCGCAUCAACUGCGAGCAGUGCAGCAGUUGUAGGAACCGAAAGACUGGCCAUCAGAUUUGCAAAUUCAGAAAAUGUGAGGAACUCAAAAAGAAGCCUUCCGCUGCUCUGGAGAAGGUGAUGCUUCCGACGGGAGCCGCCUUCCGGUGGUUUCAGUGACGGCGGCGGGAACCCAAAGCUUGCCCUCUCCGUGCAAUGUCACUGCUCGUGUGGUCUCCGGCAAGGGAUUCGGGCGAAGACAAACGGAUGCACCCGUCUUUAGAACCAAAAAUAUUCUCUCACAGAUUUCAUUCCUGUUUUUAUAUAUAUAUUUUUUGUUGUCGUUUUAACAUCUCCACGUCCCUAGUAUAAAAAGAAAAAGGAAAAAAAAAUUUUAACUGCUUUUUCGGAAGAACAACAACAACAACAAAAAAAGAGGUAGAGACGAAUCUAUAAAGUACCGAGACUUCCUGGGCAAAGAAUGGACAAUCAGUUUCCUUCCUGUUGUCGAUGUCGAUGUUGUCUGUGCAGGAGAUGCAGUUUUUGUGUAGAGAAUGUAAAUUUUCUGUAACCUUUUGAAAUCUAGUUACUAAUAAGCACUACUGUAAUUUAGCACAGUUUAACUCCACCCUCAUUUAAACUUCCUUUGAUUCUUUCCGACCAUGAAAUAGUGCAUAGUUUGCCUGGAGAAUCCACUCACGUUUAUAAAGAGAAUGUUGAUGGCGCCGCGGCGAAGCCCCUCUGUACCCAUCCACGCGGGCCGGGCUGCGGCCAGGAGCUCACAGAGGGGGAGGGAGCAGCCCCCCCACCCCUGCGCCCGGGCUGCCCACGCUGCACUCGCGGUCCCCAGAAUGGGAUCCCCCACCCCGACAACGAUGAUUUUGCGAAAAUGAAAGUUCUGUUCCUUUAUCCAUUGAGAUCUGGGGAGCCCAUGUCUCGAUAUUUCCGAUCCUGGCUACUUCCCUUAGAGAAAAUAAGUCCUUUUUUUCUGGCCUUGCUCAUGGCCACAGAAGAAAGGGCUUCUUUGCGUGGCCCCCUGCCGGUGGGUGUGGGUGCCCCGGGGUGGGGGGGGCCCUGCGGCCUGGGCCCCCUUGCCCACGGCCAGCUUCCUGCUGAUGAACAUGCUGUUUGUAUUGUUUUAGGAAACCAGGCUGUUUUGUGAAUAAAACGAAUGCAUGUUUGUGUCACGAA